AUGGAUGAGAAUUGGGCGGGUGAGUGCGCGACACAUGCCGGACUAGAUCCCAUCAGACCUCGUGUCUACGUAUUGGGUGGGGGCCAAAAAAAGGGUCGAGUCGAGUAUUGUCGGGGUGCACUUGGGACGGGGAGGCUGGGCAGGACAGAACUCCAGAAAAUUUCCUUCAUACUAGCACGCACCGUAUCGCCUUUCAGCCAGAGCAUAGCAGUGAUCUCGAUGGAUUCUCAUGUGCAGAACAGUGAGCCUGACACCCGCCUACGCUCGGAUUCGGUCGUAUUCAUCGAAACACGACUUGAUGCGUUCCACCCUGGCUUUGCCAACCCGCCGUCCCACUACGAUGAGCGCCUCCAGGGCUUUGUGAUUGACGACUUGGCGCGAGAACCAGAUGUCGGGAGUAUGGCCGUUCAUAAUGGUGCGCAGGAAGCGUUGAGGCCGCCCAUGCUCUCGCCGUCGGAUGUCGCGAAGUGCCUGCUGCCAGCACGGACGCGGGCAGAGCCUGGCACAGCAAUGAAGUUCUGGGACCGGCUGUUCAAGCCCGCCAUGGACCAAUUCACUGCGGCGCACCCUAUCGAGCCUCCCGAUAUCAAGAAGAAGGGCCACAGCAUCCGCAGCAAGUGCUCCUGGAACGAGGUGUAUGACGAGCUCCAGGCUGCCAAGGACGAAUACUGCAAGACAGAUUCCGGAUUCAAAGGAACUUUUCGUAAGGUGUAUCGCAAGUCAGCCGAUCACGGCGCUGGCAUCAAUCUUGCAGCACUGAAGGUAGGGCAGAAUGUGAUGAACAAUGACUAUGUGACACCCGUCCUGGGCGCGGUACAGCUGGUUCUUGAGGCUGCUGCCAAAGCAGUCAAGCUGCGGCAGGACAUGGUCGCCGCGUUCGACGACAUUGACCGCAAGUUCGCUGAGGUCGAGGUUUACCUGCAAGCGUUUGACGGUGACGAAAAUAUCCUGUCAGCGUCCACGGACCUCAUCGUCGCGGUCUUAUAUGCUGUUGAACUGGUACUAGGCUUCUUCGUCUCUAGCCUGAACACAACCGUCACCAAGUCGCUUGGUGCCCAGAUGUAUCGAAUGAUGCAUUGUGGGCGAAACGAGAUGAAAGGCCUGCUUGACGGUCUUGUGCACAAGAUAAUGGACCUGGAAGCCAAGGUCGAGUCUUGCUUGCCCUCUUCCAUACCGCCAACACAUCUGUACACAAUUUCUGCCGCACCGCCAGAUAUGAUGGGUACCCAGCACUGCAACAGCGUCACCACCGAGGAUGUCUUGGACUGGAUUGACAUUCCCAACUUGGCCGAGGAAGAUCUGGAGUUCAUCGCGACACACAGUCAUGUGGAUAUAUCUGAUGCGGAGCAGGGUCGGGCAGAACAGCUUAUUAUGAACAUGCAGCUGCAGGAAUGGCUCAGCACGUCAGCCUCGUCACAGCUUCUAAUACACGGCAACUACGACGAAGUCCGCCAAUUGUCGGGGUUGUCGCUUCUCUGUGCGUCCAUGGCACUCAACCUUGACCAACGCAAUGACCCGCGUCUAGUGCGGCUGCUCUUCUUCUGCGGGCUACAUAACGAUCGCAACGUCGGAGAUCACGAUAGUGCCGACCCUUUCGUGCCCCUCGUCGGCGGCCGUGCCAUCGUUGCCAGUUUCAUCUGCCAGCUCCUGGGCACCUACAACUUUGGACCGGGGUUACCACUACCGUGCCUCGGCGAGUCACAAGUUCAAGAAGGCAUUCACCACGGCGAUGUUGAUGCGCUCUGCUUGGUGUUUGACCACCUCGUUCGCCGCCUGCCGAGCGGCGUGGUUCUUUUGUGUAUGGUCGAUGGCGCCGUAUUCUACGAGCGGCCGGCCUUUGUCGACGACGCUUAUCAGGUGCUAGAGCAACUUCUUCUACUGUCUCGAGACGAGUCCGUGCGUGCGACGGUCAAGGUGCUCAUCACCAGUCCGACACGUACGACGGCCUUCCGCCAGCUUUUCGGCCAGGACUCAGUACUGUCGAUGAACUCCGCUGCCGACGCGCAGUGGGAGGCCAGCCGGGCGCGGACGCAGCGGCUGCUGGACGAGCCAGGAUCUGAACAAGGAUAA